UUUUGCCAAUACUUAUUGAAUAUACGCCGUGCAGCAUUUAAAAUGUCAGAAGAAGCUAAUGUGUCUAUCAAUAAUCAGACAAUUAAAAUUGAACCACUAGAAUAUUUAGUAGAAGAGAUUGAAGAUGAAAUAAAUGAUGAUGAUGAUAUUGUUAAGUCUGAAUCAUCUACUGAAGAUAAUGAUACGUCUUUAGAAAAUUUUAUGAAUUCUGAAGUGACGAUAGAGGAAGAAGUCAAACAGGAGAUAAUCGAGACACCCCUUUCUAAAUGUAACAUUUGUAACAGGUUAUUUGCAGGAUUGCAUCAUUUGCAAGAACAUAUGAUAUCACACCUGCCUAGUCCUAGUCAUGGCUCCUAUCAAUGUGAUGUAUGCUUUAAGGUAUUUAAACAAAAGGCAUAUUUGACAAAACACAUGCUUGGUCAUACAGGUAAACGCCCUUACAUAUGUGAAAUAUGCAGUAAAACUUUCGCACAAACAAGUGAUCUGAAGAGGCACAUGAUCACUCAUACAAAAGAGUUUCCUUUUAAAUGUGAAGUGUGCGAUAGGCCAUUCAGUCAGAAAAUCCAUUUGGAAAGACACAUGCUUAUCCAUAAAGGAGAGUAUCCUUAUAAAUGUGAAUUAUGUGAUAAAGCGUACCGUUUUCCUCAUUGUUUAAAAGAGCACAUGAUUCUUCAUACCGGACAACAUUCCUAUGCAUGCGAAUUAUGCAAUAAAACUUUCAUUCUGAGUAAAAGUCUGAAAAGACACAUGGCCACUCACACCUUAGAACGAUCUUUUGAAUGUGAAAUAUGCAAAAAAACAUUCAAUCAAAGAGGCAACUUGAUAACACACAUGUUUAUCCAUACUGAGCAACAUCCUUAUAUAUGUGAAAUAUGCAAUAAGGCAUUCAGGCGAAAAAGUAAUUUAGAAAACCACAUGUUAAUUCAUAAGGAAGGUCAGUUUGAAUGUGAAAUAUGCAGUAAGAAAUUCAAACAAAUACAAUCUUUUAAAAGGCACAUGCUUCUUCAUAGUGGAAAAGAAAGUUCCUCGUGAAUGCAAAAUAUGCAAUGAAAAACCUUCAGACAUUUAUGUAGUCUGCAAAAUUACAUGGUCAUUUAUUGAGAUACCACAUGCAUAUCCAUAUUGGUGACCUCCUUUUAAAUGUGAAAUAUGCAGUAAAACUUUCAGUAGGAAAAAUCACAUGUUUAUUCAGUGUUAAACGCCCCCAUGAAUGCAAAAUAUGUGAUAAAACACUUAGACAAUU